AUAACUGAGCAUCCAAAUUUACCAGGAUAAUCACUUUUUCAGUAGAAUUACAACCACAGUAAGCCAAACUGAAAACACACUUUUCUUUCUGCUUUGGUCUUACAUCCACGUUAAGCCCACAUUUCCCCAAAAAAUUUUUAGAGCCCCAUCACCAGAAUACAUUGACGAGGAAGGAAACCCAGAAUGUUGAUCAUACAUUAGCAUUAAGACUGAGGGGAGGUGCUCUCGACAGCCACUGUACACCACAAAAAAUAAUUUAAACAAUAAAUAGCAAAAACAACAUGGCAGAUAACAAAGGCAGAAACGUCACAGGACAUCUCAGGCAACAAGAGGAAAUAUAUAUCGAAAAUUGUAAACAAAUAGUGCAAUAUGAAAUGAAAGGUAUAUACAUGUGAACAGUAGUGCAGUAUGAAAUUAAAAUACAUAUGCAUAGUGAAAAUUAUAUAUACAUAAAUUAAAGCUAUAGACAUAGUAAGGUACUGUAAACAUUGUGACUGUAAGGUGCUGAAAAGAGGCAGGAGGGGGUAGAUUUGUGAUUAUUACUGGAAUGCAGUGUGUGCCCAAACCUGUUUCCAGACAGGGAUAUUAGUUACUGCUGCUAUAUAGCACUGCUGCGAUGUGGUCUCAUUUCUGCCAUUCUGAUGAGGACUAUUGCUUCAAAAUAUUUUAAAUAAAUAAACAAACAUUUAUUGCAAAUUCAUCUCACACAUUGGUCUCUUUUGCUUCAAACACUUCUGCAGGAACAAAGAUAAAUGUAAUUAGAGAUUACAGUUACAAAAACCUGAGCAAGCUGAUAUUCUAUUCUGCAGUUAAAUGAUAACAGUGCAUGGUGACAGUACAGUAUAUCCAGACAUGUUUUUACAAAACCCAUAAGAAAACCUUUGCUCCCACCUUAUGUUUGACAAUCAAAUUUUCACUCCAUCAUGGCAGAUGGUUGCUCUUGAAAUGUGUGUACUUUGCUUUCUGACAUGAUUGAAAAUGUAUCAUCCAACCUUCUCUUUUUGAGAAUACUGUAUAGUGUGCAAAAUAUAUUUAGUUAAAUAUGUUUUAUUGUCAUUUAUUAUUAUGUUUUCUAUCAUAAUUUUAAAAAAAAAAUCAAAAUCCUACCACAUGCAGUAGAUGGCAGAAAAAGACAACUGAACUAUACGAGAUGCCUGUUCAUGUUAGUUAAUCUAAAUGGCAGCCUUAACUAAGUCUUUAAGAGACUUCUGUUGUAUGAACUGAUUGAUUCUCACUGUUUGCCAGCAUCUCUUUUAGAAAGCAGUAAUGAUUUAUUUUGUGUUCAAUGACAGAAAUCAUUCUGUGUUGUCUAAAAAUGUCAAAAGGUCAGGGGUUAGCCAAAAAUAAUUUUGAAAUUCCAAAUGGAAUUGUCUCAAGGUUUUGGAAAUGGCUUUGAGUCAGGUCAGUUACGCGUACUUCAGUUCAACUUUCAACAUGUACCGUAAUCUAGUGGUCCUCAAAAUGAAGAACAUUUCUUACAGUAUUUCAGGAGGUUUUUUUGUUGCCUCAGCUGUCCUCUAGUGACCACAUCUUCCCCACUUCAAACUUUGACCUGAUCUCAACUUUGACUUAUUUAGUAUCAGUUCAAAGUAUUGUCAACAAUAUGGUCAUACAGUAAGAGAUUGUAUGAGCCUUGUGAUGCACUGAGAAUUGUUUUCAGACUGGACUCUGAGCUACCUCACAAUUACCAAUUACAAAUGCAUUUUCAACAGGAAAAAAUGUGAUUAUUGAUUAAAAAAAAAUACUUAAAAAUGAGGAAGUAAGCAAGAGUGCCUUGCUGGGAAAGCAAUAUACAAAAGGAGAAGCAGAUCACAGAAUGAACCAGUCUAAGAAGAAGCCACCAACAGUAACUUCCAUCACACUCCAACAGGUAAAAUAUGGCUAAACAUGAAGACGAAUCAGAGAUCGCUAUUGAAACUGGAAAUCUCCCUGCUGCUCCAUCCAGGAGCAUUGCCUUGCAGAGCUACACUGGUGAAAGCCAUAAAGUGGCUACUGCAGCACCUGGACAAAAACUGUAUGGAUGCACUGCUGUGAGCAUUUGUUUCUUGGGUCUUUUGUGUAUCUCACAAGCUGCCCUAAACAUUUGCCUGCGUCUUGCUCUCUCCUCUACACCAGGUAUCGAUGCCACUUGUAAAAAUCUGACUGACGACAUUUUGAAGCGCAUCAACUUUGAUAAGACACUGGACAUUAAGGGCAUAUUAAAAAGCUGUACUGAGGAGCAAGAGGAACUGAAGAUCAAGCUGACUAACUUUGUCAAAGCUGUCUAUUUCCAACAUGGGUGGGUGGACUUCAACAGUAGUUUAUAUUACAUUUCUUCAAUCAAGAAAACCUGGCAAGAGAGUAGAGAUGACUGUCUGCAAAGAGGAGGAGAUUUGGUGAUUAUCAACAGCAAAGGAGAACAGGAAUUUGCCAGUCAGUACCAGAAGAUAAUGUGGAUUGGACUGUCAAAGAGAGAGGCAGCGGCAGAGUGGACAUGGGUGGAUGGCACUGCGCUGACAACGAGUUUCUGGCAAUCCCAUGAACCUAACAAUCAUAGAGGAAAUGAAGACUGUGUAGAAAUAACACACAGUAUAAAUGGAUACUGGAAUGAUGCAGCAUGUGAAAAUAAAAACUUCUGGAUCUGCAAAAAGAAAAUGGAGCUCUAACUCACCACCAUGACAGCUACUGCAUUUUGAGAACAUGACAAGAUGAUGGAUUUACCACUUUCAGCUAAACUGUAAAGGCAGCACUGAAACAUUCCACAUUCUGCAUAAAUAACUGAAAGCCAGAUAUUUCCUUCAGAAGUUAGAAAAGACCAAAAACAGAGAUAGAAGAGAGUAAAAUUUGGAUUUACAUACAUAGGGAGCCAAAAACUUGACUCUGAAUGAACAAUAAUUUUGCUCUGUAACUGCUCGAUGGGCAAAUAAGCCACUGUUGGCUAUAUGAUAUGUCAAUAUAAACAAAAACAACAACAACAACUUCUCAGCUAUUGUUAUUGGGGGUAUGGUUAUUAGCAGUAUUCAUGUAAAGUCAAACUUUGGGUUGGAAGGAUGGGUCAACAACACAUCGGAUUUGCUGUUUCCUGUUUCAAACUGAGAGUCGACAUUUUGUUUUGUUUGGCAUGACCAUCUUCUUUACGCAACCCCAACCUCAUGUUUAUUAUCGAUGACAACAAACAUACCAUAACAACAUGGAAGCCUCAACAUAGCAAAACAAAAUCACAGAAUUCCCUUUUAUCAUUUUUAAUGUUUUAUGAUACAGAUGUAGGUUUAUUUCUCUGGGUGUAAAUAUUAUUAUGCUUACUUCUUUUAUGUUGUAUGUGUUUGCCUUGUUUUUGCAUUUGAUGUCUCAUAUUUCUAUAAGAAUUUUAGGUUUCUUGCUUGAAAAGUGCCAAUUAAAUUAAUUCAUCACCUUGUUGUCAUUUUCU